GUUGAAAAUGUGGCGUCUUUUGUGGGCCGGCCCCGGAGAUAGUGCACAGCCGUGCCAAUAAAGUUUUUGUUGUUAUUGUUUUGCAAAUUUAAUAUUUAAGUAUGAGAAGUUGGAAGGUAAAAUAUGCAGAUCCAAUGCCCUGUGGGAAUCGAUGUAAGUGAAGCUUUGUCUGCUGUUUGCGCUAAUUGGUUGUGAUAUAUUGACCGCAUAUGACAGUCGUGAUGUGUAAUGUUACCCUAGCUGCUCUGCUCGACGCUUUCUGCGAGCCUUUGUCUCCGCGGCACUAAGUGCACGCUUGGGCGCAAUUUUGGAUUCUAGCGUUGUAGGUCGCAGAACUGCCUCCCCCUCUCUCUAUUUCCUUGCUAACAUUCUCCCCGCCUGCUCCUUUUGCUGUCCUUGCUGUUGCAGUGAGCAAGGAGACAAGCGCAGCAGCUCCCGCACUCCAUUUGUGGGGGGUCGCGCCUAGUUACGGCGUCCAGAGGGCACUGUGCACAGGCAAUACAGCGUAAAUUUGACAAAAGCUUUUUAGGUCAUCUUUGCGCCACACUCCUGUCAUGUACGCUAAAGGGCCAGUGUUGCGAAAAAUCUGCUGUCGACACCGCGGGCAUCGCUAGGCGAAUAAUGAGUGUGAACCACAGCUGCGCAGGAUUUGGGAGGAAACAUGACCCGCCCAGGCGAACAGUUUCCCGUGGACCUGCAAAAUGUCGUCAUGCCAUCUACCGAAACAAUCAACAAGUUAAACGACUCGUGCCACGGUGCAGUGGCAGUUGAGAAGUUGCAUGACGAUGAGAUCACGGUCCAGGUGAACGACUACGCUGCUGCGGAGAACUUGGUGAAGGCUUACUCGACAGUAGGCCACGGCAGCCACAGCGUACUGACAGAUCAGUGCCACAUUGGUCAGUAACAGCGAGCUCCUCAUAAAGAUUGAGGACGAAGAAGCGGCAAGAGCCGCGACUGCCAAGCUCGAGGCCGUGGGCCAUGCUUCACAGACUGUCCAAACCACCAAUCACUAAAGCGAGCAAUGCCGUCUCACUACCGAGUGAUCUCAGCGAGGCCCUACAUACGUCCGAGAUGAAACACAGGAAUCAUCCUGGAGCGAGAAAACGGAAGCAAGUGAAGCUGCCAGAGAAACUGAUUGAUGCGGCUAAUACCGUACUUGAAACACAAAACAUGACCCACCUGCGUGAGGCAGCUGUGGUGAUCCGAAACCAGCUCUGGUCACGACAUCUGCCCAUUGAGAAUGAUGAGCUCAGAGCUCGGGCUAUGAACAUCGAGAAGGACCUCUAUGGAUACACUCUUGAAAGAAUGAGCCCAGAGGAGAGAGAUUACGUUGAAGAAGACGUAAAGGAAAGAGUAUUUGAGAAGCUUAAGAAACGGAUCAGGUUGUGGAAACCUAUGAAGUAUGAUGAUUUUGGAGCACGCAGCUAUCUUGUGGCGCAGCUUGCUGCAGACUACGCGGCCGUCCACGACGUCUUUCAUGAGAUUCGACACCUAAAUCCAGCAUUUGCCCCAGCUUCUAUGAUGGACUUUGGGUCGGGACUUGGUUCAUGCUUCUGGGCUGCAAGAAGUCUCUGGCCUAAAUACUUCCAGGAAUACUUCAGCAUCGACAUCUCAAAUGAAAUGCAUGGAUUGGCAAGGCUACUCGCCACAGGUGGAAACGCCAAUGGACAGGUGAAGUUUCGUUCCUUCUUUCAGCGAGAAUUUCUUCCAGCCACUGAUAAGAUCGCCUUUGACCUCGUGGUUAGUGCAUUCUCGCUCAUGGAGUUACCCAAUGCUGUACAAAGGCUCGAAACAGUGGCCAGCCUGUGGGGCAAGACUAACGGCCUACUGGUUCUUGUUGAAAAUGGGACACAAGCUGGACAUAAGGCCGUUGCUGAAGCACGUGACUUCAUACUGAUGAUCAGCAAGGACGGCGGUCAAGAACCUGCUCAAGUGUUGGCUCCUUGUCCUCAUGACCUUGACUGCCCAAGGGAGACGCAGGCACUUGGCAUUCCCUGCACUUUUGAAGCACGCUACGAGGAACCUUUCCUUACACAGAAAAAGCACCCAGCUGCUUCCAGGUAUUCUUACGUGGUGCUGCAGAGACCCGGAGAAAUUGCCAAGGCGAGGGAGUGGGCUCGCGUGAUCCGGCCAGUGCUGCGUCGUAGCCGGCAUGCAGUCUGUCGGGUUUGCUGCAAGGAUGCGCAGUUGAGGGAGUUUGUGUUCACUCGGAAAAAGCAUGGCAGGCACGUGUACCGUUUGGCACGCAGCAGUGAGUGGGGAGACCAGCUGCCCCUGGACAUACUGCUGCCCGACGAAGAAGGAACACCGCUGUGUGCUGCCUGUGACGAAGAUGUGGAUGACACACUCGAUGAUGUUGAUAGCAAAUAAACAAUAGGAUGUUGCACUGUUA